AUGCACCAUAAAGCCUAUUUGAAUUCGUUUGGUAAUGGAUUAGAUUUUGUGUCCGUCAUUUGUUACUGGGUUGAUUUUGGUCUUAUGCUCUAUGGUUAUCCAUAUAUCUCAAUAUUCAAGGCUAUGGCGGCAACAAGACCUUUACGACUUUUAUCUGUUUUGCCUGGAACUGCGGUCAUUUUGAAAUCACUAGAAACAGGAUGGGAUCUCAUGUUGGAUGUUUCUGGAUUCUUAUUCUUCUUUAUGUUUUUAUUUGCCAUGUUGGGUCUCAUCUCUUUUCGUGGAGUAUUUUCUAGACAAUGUUAUUUCUUUCCUGAUGGGUCUGAUCAAGGCAAGUCCACCGCACUUGUGGAACCUCCAAUGUACUGCUCAGGUUAUUACAAUGGUACAACAAUUGUAGGACCAUUUGAUAUUACAAUACAAGCCAACACAUAUCCAGGUUAUCAAGGAUUGAUAUGUCCUCAUGGUCAACAAUGUAUUGCGGAUCCAUCCAAUAAUCCUAACAAUGGAUAUAUGAAUUAUGACAUGAUCUUUUCGGCCUUACUGAAUGUAUAUACGUUUGUGUCAAUGGAACUAUGGACAGAUAUGAUGUAUUUGACUCAAGAUGCUGACUCUAGAUUAGCUGCUCUGUUUUACUGUAUUGGUGUCUAUAUCAUUGGAUUUAUUCUCAUAUAUUUGCUACUGGCUGUAAUCACUUCAGCAUUCGCUCGUGUCCGUGCAACUUCUGGCUCUUCCAGUGCUUUUACGAAAAACAGAUCAUCUUCAUCAUUUACCUCUUUACGACAUCAGCAUAUUCUCCAAGUUCUUCAUCCAGGAGAAGAAGAUGAAGAAUCUGUAAGAGCAAGAAAUAACACAACUGAACCAUCAUCCUCUUGGGCUCAUGUUCCACAACAACCACAAAAAAGGAAUUUGAAUAAUCAUUCGACGGCAAGAUCAACACUGAAUCAAUGGAAACGAUGGAUUGUUCGUUGGGUACAAAGCAAAACGUUUUUCUAUUUUGGAGGUGGACUUGUACUUUUGGAUACUCUUUUUAUGUGUCUUCGGUCAGUAUAUGCUAGUGAAUCUAUGCUAGAUUUCCUUGACAAUGUGGAAACUGCAAUGACAUUUAUAUUUGCUAUUGAAAUCGUGAUCCGAAUGAUGGGUGCUUUGAAUUGGUUACAGUUUUGGUCGUCAUUCAAGAACAAAUUUGAUUUGUUCUUGGUAAUUAUUACUUGUGUGAUUCAAUUACCUGUAAUUCAAGAUCAUCCUGCGUAUAUGUAUUUGACCAUCUUUCAAGUUCUACGUAUGUAUCGACUCUUUUUAUGUAUUCCCCGAUUGGAGAAACUGUUGAAUGCUGCCUUGGGAACUGGUGAAAGUGUGAUUAAUGUAAUCAUCUUUUUGUUAUGGUCUACUGCCCUUUUUGCUCCUAUUUUUAUGCAACUGUUUGGUGGUGACUUUGUUGGAUUCAUGGAACCUAAUGAUGAUCGUUUACGCUUUGAUACUUUUUGGCAAUCCUUUUUGGCUUUGAUCAUGUUGUAUACCAGUGAAACGUGGACCGGUACUCUUUAUGAUGCAAUGCAAAGCCAAUCUCAUGGUGGUGCCGUUUAUGCUGGUAUUGCCAUGUGUCUUUAUUUUGCAUUUGCUCGAUAUAUUGUGGCUGGACUCUAUAUUGCCGUGAUUCUUGAAAAUUUUGAAUUGGAUGACGAAUACAUUAGGAAAUAUCAAUUCAAGCAUUUCAUCCGUGAACGAUUAGCUCAUCAAAAAGAAGAAACAGCAACUCCUUAUUAUCAAACUAUCUUCCGGUUUUUAUUUGGAAAAACGGUAGACAAACAAAAGCUAUUAUCAUCAACUUCAUCCUCAGCAUCGAUUCAAAUCUCCCGACUACCCAGCAAUUUGACAGCCUCUUUAUCAAAGGAAGACAUGCGGCAACUUUUAUUAUUGACAGAGCAAGAACAAAAAAGCAAAAAAAUAGAUGAAGUAGCAGUACCUAAAGAACAAGAAAAUUCCAAGUCAAAACGUACAACUUGGAUGCCAAAGAAAAUAUCAAGAUUUGUUGGCAAUGUUCUCUUUCCAGAUAUGGAAAAUGUUCAUAUCUCCAAAUUCGACGGAGCAGAUCAAGGAGAAGAAGAUUAUGAUAUGAUUGUAGCUGAAGAAAAUCGACAAGCAAGACAAUUUGCCAAGGAAAGAUCACGACCAGUCAAAUCUUUAUUUCUGUUCUCGGAGACCAAUCGAAUUCGACGAUUCUGCAAACGACUAGUAGGGUCAUGCCGCGAUGGACAAGCUGAACGACAAAAUGGAUUCAAUUGGUUUAUCAUGGCAUGUGUAUUGGUAAGCAUUUUAGUAGUCAUUCUAGACGAACCAUCGACAAGAAAACUGGAAUUGCAGCAACAAAAGCAUCUAGGCAACAAUUUGCAACAGCUAGUACAACAACAGACGAAAACACAGAUAUAUGAAAUGAUUGAUUUUGUGAUGGGUAUUGUCUUUGUGGUGGAAAUGCUUCUGCGGGUAAUUGCGGAUGGUUUGAUUCUUCCUCGACGGGCGUACUUGCGACAUGCAUGGAAUCGACUGGAUUUUGUGGUGAUUCUUCUCAACUUUGGUACUCUGUUCUCCAAUAAUGAUCAACUUCCACGUGCUUUGGGAACAGUGCGUAGUAUGCGUGUGCUUAGGCUAAUUCGAUAUUUUGGUGGUGUGCGUGAUGUUUUUAUCGAUUUGUUCCAUGCUUUUCCUUUGAUGAUGGACGCUAUGCUGCUGACAUUCUUGGUGAUGAUUCCUUUUUCGGUAUAUGGUGUCAAUAUUUUUGGGGGGCGAUUCUAUACGUGCAACGAUACCGAGGAUCCUAAUGUGAUGACUUUAGGUCGUGCAGCAUGCGUGAAUGAAUUUGUAUUGAAUGUGGGUGCUGAUGACGAUUACAAUCUUCCAAUUUUGGUCCCUCGUACUUGGCAAAAUCCUGUGAUGAAUCUAUAUUCCUAUGAUGAUUUUGGUGUUGCCUUGCGACAUGUAUUUUCCAUGACAUCCACUGAAGGUUGGGUUGAUUCAAUGUUCUUUGCCAUGAGCACACCUCCUGAAAAUGAUAUGCUACCAGUGUUUGACUGGGAUUCUCCUAUGAUCUACCAUUCUAUUUUUUAUGUGGCCUUUAUGAUUAUAUCUCAUGGUACAGUACAACUAUUUGUGGGUGUGAUUAUCGAAAAAUUCAAACAAAGAAGUGGGAUUACGACCUUAACUUUUGCACAACGACAAUAUGUGGAUUUACAACGGCAAUUAGCAGAAUUGAAACCUACCAUGAAAGUCUUUCGACCUUCCUCACGGAUUCGUGCAUGGUGUUAUGAUUUGAUAGGCGAUCGACAUAGUCUUUUCAAUAAAAGUAUGACGAUUAUUGUUAUUUUGAAUAUGGGUAAUGUAGAUGCAUUACAGACUUUAUAUCAUACUAUUGGAAUGGCUAUGCCAAGUAUCAUUCGUGUAUCUGCUGUCUUCAUGUUGGUGAUGUGCUUAUUUGCAAUGAUCUUUAUGGAAUUCUUUGGAUUGACGAAAUAUGGUCAGGCUGGAUCAAACAAUAGCAAUUUUAGAAAUUAUGGGAAUGCACUCCUAUUACUCGUGAGGAUGACAACUGGUGAAGGUUGGAAUGAAGUGAUGAUGGAUUAUACGUACUCAGCACCGAAUUGUGUGGCUUCUUCGAAUUACUUGGAUGAUGAUUGUGGUUCUGCCAAUUGGGCUUACUUUUUAUUCAACUUUUUCUAUAUUACUUGUACUCACAUUUUUUUGAACUUGUUUAUUGCGGUGAUCAUCGCCAAUUUUGAAUAUACUUAUGAAACUCGAUCUCGUUUUACUCUGAUUACCAAGAACGACUUGAGAAAAUUCAAACAUGCAUGGGCAGAAAUAGAUCCAGAAGGUACAGGUUUCAUUAAAAAAGAACAAGUAGCGAAAUUUUUCAAGCAUUUGACUGGUCGAUUUCAAGUUAGUAUUUAUGAUCAAGUCUUUAGUAUUCGACAAUUACAAAAACUAAGUCGAAUGGAAAUGGAUAUUACUUCCCUUACUACCAAUUCUCGUCAGCAUCAAAGCCUUCAUCAACGAAUCCCUUCUUAUGACUCCACAUCAACAAAAUUCGCCGAGAAGGACAAUAUUGUUAAUGAUAACUAUUACAAUUAUCAUCAAGUGAAUCGACGUUUGGCACAAAUGGAUACUGUUGAACUUGAACAACGACGAAAAUAUUACAAUUUGCUCUAUAUGGAAAUCGUGGAUGCCGAAACAAGUAAAGGAAUUGCAUUCUCAGAUGUGCUUCAUAUCAUGGCAUUUCGUUUUGUGGAUAUAGAAAGAGCUCUUACGUUACACCCUUUGAUGGAUCGCUUGGAAAAAUUGGACGAAUUUAACAAAAAAUAUGCAGCUGAAAAAGCAAGAGGGGUAUUUUUGACUUUGAUUCAACGGAAACGGUAUUUGCGACAACUAUGGCAGAAACGGAAUCAACAAGAACUUGAGCAUAUGGCAUUGAUGAACGAUGUCCCAGCAUCACCAAUACCAACUCAUCGCUUUUCUUCUCCAGGUAUAUUACUUUUCAUUAAAAAGAAAAAUAGGUUGAUUGACAAUUUGUAUUGGUUAUUAUAG